UGUAUACAGAAUGUAUAGGCGCAUUUACAGAGGUGCAUUGAAUUGUGAAAGGGGAGGCGCGCGCACCAGGGUUGGGGCUAUGUAUGGAGAAAACCACGUGGCAUGCAGAGUCCCGCACGUCAGAAUCCCAAACGUCUCUCUUUUCCAUUUGAGGUUUCCUCGGCCCAUGCACACAGUAACUCGACGGUAAUCAUGUCACAAGUUGUAACGACGACUCGGGUAAUUUUCAAGAGGGUCAGCCCCAACCUCACGGAACCCCUCACGUGCUUUCGCUCCUUGACGCGUCUUUCCCGCGCGAGCCCCACAGCAACCCGAACAGGCGGGAGAGGCCAGCGCUGGAGGGAACUCCUGGUUGCCUCACGACACCAACAUAGUGAAGGUGAAUGAAUGAUGCCACCCGCGAAACCCUCUCCUCCGCCGCCUUCAAGGUCGAAACGGCCUGCAGCUGACGACGACCGAGCCAUCUCCCCACCCCCUCUAAAACGGAAAACGCAAGCUGCCAUCUCGAAGAGCGCUGUCGCAAACUUCUUCACCCCCGCGUCGCAAAAGGCUAAAGAUCGCACAACCUGGGCCGAACGAUCCCCCGACGACGACGCACCCGCGACAUUGCUCGUUGCGAAAUACAUACCCGAAAAUGCCGACUCGACCGCGCUCGAGACUCCGGCCAAACGGCAGAAAAUCGCCGCGUUCGAUUUGGAUUCCACGUUGAUUACAAGCGCCUCGGGCAAGCGAUAUCCCGACGAUCCGGCCGACUGGAAAUGGUGGCACCACUCUGUCCCAGGACGUCUUCGGCAACUGUACAUGGAUGAGGGGUACCGAGUUGUCAUCUUCACAAACCAAGGUGGUUUGACACUGCAUCCGGAUCCAAAGUCGAAAGGGCCGAAGAGCGCAAAGAACAGAGUCCCCGCGUUCAAGCAGAAGUGCAGUGCCGUUCUAAGCCAGCUCGACAUCCCCAUCACGUUGUACGCGGCCACGGGCAAGGACAUCUACCGAAAACCACGGCCGGGGAUGUGGACCGAGACGAAAGAAGACUACGACUUGACCGAAUCCGAUAUCGACCGCGAGAAUAGCGUGUUUGUUGGCGACGCGGGCGGUCGUACAGCCCAGCCAAAGGGAUCGAGUGCGGCUGCGAAAGAUUUCAGCUGUUCUGAUCGGAACCUCGCCCACAAUAUCAGCAUCAAAUACCAGACACCGGAAGAAUUCUUCCUGGGGGAGACGGCACGAGACUUUGCUCGGGAUUUUGAUCUGAGCAACUUUCCUUAUACCGUAGAGGAGGAACAUGGCGAAGUGUGCCCUACCAAGACAAACGAACAGGAUAUUAUGCUCUUUGUCGGGUCUCCUGGAGCUGGCAAGAGCACCUUUUACUGGAAAUACUUGAAGCCGUUGGGUUACGAGAGAGUCAAUCAAGACACUCUAAAGAGCAAGGACAAGUGCUUUAAGGCAGCGGCCGACUUCCUUCAAAAAGGAGACUCUGUUGUUGUGGACAACACAAACGCCGAUGUCGGCACCCGUUCUCAGUGGAUAACCCUCGCGCGCAAACACAAUGUUCCAAUUCGGUGCCUUUGGUUCAGGACGCCGUUGCAGCUGUGCGAGCACAAUGCCGCGGCGCGAGCCUUGAACGAAAAGCUCAACCCUGAAGCCCGCGAGGCACUUCCGAGAAUCGCUUUCAGCGGCUUCGCGUCGCGGUUCAAGGAACCCAAUAUUGAGGAGGGUUUCCAAGACGUCGUUCCCGUGCCCUUCAAGUUUAGGGGGACGAAAGACGAGUACGAAAUCUGGGGUCGAUACUGGGUUUGAGCUAAGAAUGCGCCAAGAAGCUCACCGCGAUACCAUUUUGGUUGGGUCGUUGGCUCUUGUUAUCCGACUCAUGCCCACUCGGGGAGGUCUGCUGCCGGGGGACUGUUACGGUCCGAUUUGAUUUCGGGCUGAGGCGGGAUCGGACGCUCGGGAACGUGAGCCGCCGCGUUUACAUACAGCUCCUGAUUAUUUCGGGGACCAUACUGUGUAAAUGUGCCAACGGCAAAAUGCCACUUGCACGGGAGAGCUCGGCUCGAGCGCGGGUUAUCCUAGCCAUGUGAUAUAAUGAACUUCGGUGACGACCCAAGGAAGGUUCAUCCGAUUCCUUGGGCCCAAUGGCACCCUACUUCCUGCAGCUGUCCGUGGGGUCGACGAUGGUCUCAAAACCGUUAUCGGCCAGGAUUCCGUGGACCCAAGGCGCCAGUCGCUUUCUCCUGGAGGCCUUGCAGGCCUCUGAGGCCGGAGAGUCGCCUCCAACAAGC